UUUUGUUUUUCUUGAUUGUUGUGUCGCCGACUUUGAUCCUCAUCAUUUUUUUAUUACUCCCGCCCAUCGCUCAAGACCCGAAAUCACCCUAACAGUAAAUGAGACAAAUUGCGCUCGAUUGACAAGUGAGCCGCGGAUCGCUGAAGCAACUGGCGGACCCGUCAACGGAGUUCUAUAAGGCACAAUCGGGGUUCCAUUGCCUUCUCGUGUAGCUGCUAGGGCUGCCUGCGCCGCUAAUGUAUUUUCCUGCCUGCCUAGGAGUCGGCUGGCCGUCGAAGUAGUCCCGAGGUCCAAGAGGUGAUCGUGCUGGUGCCGCUACCGCUGCUUUGCUGCGGCUGCAGGGCUCUGUUGUUAGGCAGUUACGGUCUGUCGAGCUUAGAACUGGAUAGCCGGACGAUCGGUCCGUCGCCUGGCGGCUACAAUACAUCGCAGCCUGGACCGUCCGGACUACUACCAUUAUUACUAUUGUUACUGCUGCUAGCGCUAAGAACAACAACAACGACGACGACGAAGACGACGGCGACAACAACAACAACAACCGGCUGGGAGCAGUAGCAGCAAGCAAAGUCCUUGCCUACUCCCCGUGGCGCUAUCGCUGUUCGGUCCCGUGUUCUCCUCGCAGUCGAUGCUGGCGCGGGUGAUGCUGUGUUACGGCACAACUGUUCAGUGCUUCUGCUGCUUAGGCUGAGAGGGAGGUGGGUAGGUGAUAGUUGCUGCAGGAAACUGGUGUUGCCGUAGAGCAGUUAGACGAUGCGUGAUCACUGCCCGCCGCAGUCGUGUGAAGUUAUUCGUAUCAGUAUUCAAUAGAAUAUAUAGUCGCGGUUAUAUGCUGGAGUUUGUCUGUCUGUAUGUCUGUCUGUCUGUGCGCAACGCGGUCGUUGUGCAUGUGUCGGAGUUUGUGAGCUUGUCGCAACGGCGGUGGUGUUUACUACAAGAAUAGACAUUUCGAUGACUGACUGGGUGUUAGUGAGUGGAUGUGUAUUUGACGCCUGAAGACAAGGAAUAAGUAGAAAGAGUCUUUUCGUCUUCGCUGUUGCUUGUGUUGAUUAUUUGACUGUUUGGCGGGAAUAGUCGUUCGUUGAUAGGUACGCAUCGAUAUAGCAACGCAUAGCGUACGAAUGCAGCAAUACGAUACUGAAACGGUCAAUUCUCAGUAACCGAGUGCUGGUCACUGACUGCCGUGAAUGGAAGAAGUGGACGAUCCGAGAAAACGGUCGCUGACUCAUAGAACUACAGAAAAGAUGAACAAUUUACUUUCGAAGUUGGGCAUUAACUCGUCAUCUGGGUCAUCAUCGAACGGCAACAAAAAAAACACCGGAAGCAGCGGAGAUAAUGUCAUCUCAAUUUCAACACCGUAUAAGGUGUCACAUGACAUUCACGUAAAGUACAACCCUGCCUCGGGAGCUGUCGAGGGACUCCCUCCCGAGUGGGUACGUCUUCUGCGUGAAGCCAACAUUUCGAAGAACGAGCAACAACUUAACCCGCAGGCACUUGCUCAGGCUCUCGACUUUUACGAACAUAAUAUUAAGGAUACGGCCGCGGGGACGAAAGCGAAGUUCCUCAAGAAGCAAAGUCUUGAAGACACAGAUGAUGAUGGACCACCCCCACCACCUCCCCCAAAGCACGCUAACAGUGAACAGAGUAACGGAACACCAAAACCCCUCAAACGAACGGUCGUCAAAGAAUUACCCGUAUACGACAAUGUUAAGCCACUCACACCGCCUUCGCGGAGACCGCGUGAUAAGGACUUCAAAAAGGACUCACCACCUGAUCUCGAUAAGGUAAAUGAAAACCAGGUAAACGUGACGGUAACGGGCGGAGUCGAGCGAACAAAACCGACGCUUCGACCAAAGAAGCGUCAGGCCAUGUCAGAUGAAGAGGCGAUUCAGAGACUUCGAGACGCCGUUGAUCAGGGAGAUCCAGAAACUCGAUAUACGCUUCUUUCCAAAGUCGGAUCUGGAGCGUCCGGUGUGGUUUACAAAGCGAUGGACGAGCAAGCGCACAUGCAGGUGGCUGUCAAAGUGAUCGACUUAUCACAACAGCCGAAGAAGGAGCUCAUCCUCAACGAGAUCCUCGUGAUGAAGACCUCGUUACACCCAAACCUCGUCAACUACCUCGCUUCGUAUCUCGUUAACGACAAUGAUCUGUGGGUGGUUAUGGAAUACCUUGAUGGCGGACCACUAACUGAUGUCGUCUGUGAAACAAUUAUGAAGGAAAGCCAGAUGGCAGCCGUGUGUCGAGAAACGCUAAAGGCGUUAAAACACCUCCAUUCCCGAGGCAUCAUUCACCGCGACCUAAAAAGCGAUAAUGUUCUGUUAGGUAUGGACGGAUCUGUGAAGAUUACGGAUUUUGGUUUUUGUGCACAAAUAUCAAACCCGAACGAAAAGCGCGUGACGAUGGUUGGGACGCCCUACUGGAUGGCACCUGAAGUAGUUGCCAAGAAACACUAUGGGAACAAAGUCGAUGUCUGGUCCUUAGGAAUUAUGGUUGUCGAAAUGAUUGACGGCCAGCCGCCCUACCUUAACGAGACACCCCUUAAGGCUCUUUUUCUUAUUACAUCUAAUGGCAAGCCUGAAAUCAAGGACAAGGACAAUCUUUCGCCCAAUCUGCGCGACUUUCUUGACAGAUGCCUCGAGGUAGACGUAUCGAAGCGAGCCACAGCCGAGGAACUCCUAGAUCAUCCUUUCCUCAAAUGCUCUUGUCCCCUCACGCAAAUCGUACCGCUUAUUAAGGCUGCCAAAAAGGUGCUCAACAAAAGUUAAUCCAUUGUGUAUCGGAUACGCUCACCAACUCCGAUAUCCACUUGACGUUAAGUAAAAUUACUAUCAUUUCUAAUGGACCACGUCUCGUCUUCUUGCAUGGAUCAACUCACGAAAAAAGACUACAACCCUAUGAGCAGACGGCUAUUGGUAGUCUGCGGCUGCCAAACACAAAUAUAUCAACAAACAUAAUCAGCUGAUUACGGUUUGAGCACGCUUCAAGAUUAAAACAGCACAGGAAGCAAUCUAUUAUUAAAAAAAUUUCAAAAUUGCAAACACCCUCAUGCCAUGUUCCUUCAAGUUAAACAAACGUUACAGCAGGGGUGCAAAAAUCGGCAGUUUCCUCUAUUAAGACACUUAGAUAUUAAGAAACCUAAACAGCAAAAGAGAUCACUGUUUUCCAUAAAAUUAAACGAAAAACUUUUUAUAAGCUAUGGCUAACUUUGAUUAUUAAAGUGAUAGUUAAUUAGCAGAAAUGGUUAACUUUGUGUGCAAGGUUUCGAAUGAGAUUGUAUGAAAACAAGUAUAAUAAUGACAUCGGUUUAGUAAAAUUACCUGUGUAGGCGAUUUCCAAUGUUAAAAUUUUUAGUUUACUAGGUUAAUGCGUAAGUAAUAGUCGACUUUGCUUUCUGCGUCUUCUUCUCUAAUUUUACAUUGACUUUGAUGGUUGCGUUACAUAGCUAUUAUCAUCGUUUGCUUCGAAUCACAGCGUCAUCCUGAAUACGGAACUCAAAGAUAUGUAUUGAGGGGGAAGGAGGCUAAAAAUCAGCUUUUUUGACAUUUGUCUUCGUCAAGCUUCGUAAGACUACCAAAAACACCCAAGGAUGGGCUUUGCGUGAAUGACGAGAUCUUGCUGGUGUAAGUGGCUUGGUAGAUCCGAAAAUGGCCUCUUCAACCUGAAGAGCCUUAAUUUUUGGAGGAGGACAAUGAAAUAAUAUGAAUUAAAGCAGGUGUGGUAAAUACUGUCUUUUUCCGCCUGAUUUACUUACCAUAGGCAUCUGAGGCAAGGAUAAGAUUUUGUCACCUGGACAACCAAGACGAUGAUAAUAACAAAAAAAAAAAAAAAAAGCUUCCCUACGGUACAUACCAUUUUAUUACCAGCAAACCAAGCAUCACAAAAUAAGAAAAGCUUAUCGGGCAUUCCAAACUGGGGCUCAGCCAAGGAUAAGAAAACCAUAGAAAUUAGAAAAAGAAGCAAGGAACAAAGUCGGCCGUUACUUGUGCAUCACACCAAUAUCUAUAUACAGACAAACAUAAAAUAUAAAAAUAGUCGUCCGAUGAGCAUUCAUAUGCAUCUACAUGUUCACUAUUAAUAACAAGAUAAUGCUUGCAGAACGAACGUCUACUGGGUGAAUCAAAAAAAGCACGGGACAAAUUAAGCCGAUGUUCAGUUGUAAUAUAACAAUUAAAUUGUGAUAUGAUAUACACAAAAAUGAUUUACCUUUUCUGUUUGUAUAGGACCAAUACAAAUGCAAGUGCAUGAUCAUCUUGCGUGUAUCAAAUGAAGAAGAUUCUGAUUGUGCUGGGAUUUAUCUCAAAGCAUACACUGUGCUAUGGCGGUUUCUCCCAAAUAGGCCUGUACCUCUUUUACAUCUGUCAGUUUGUUUGAUUUGACUUUUCGAGCGAGUAGCAUAGUAAGAGUUUUGCAGACCACUUUCACGUUUAAUGUUUUAUCUUACGCAGAUUUGCACCAGAAACUUUCAAGCUAUCCUAAACAAUGAGUAAAUUAUAUCCCUUUCCUGAACUAGACCAAUACCAUGUAAUCCUAACUCAAAGUGAAAACGCACUAUGCAGGAACCUGUCCAAAUAUUAAUACUAUGUCACCUUUAAAGACCCUGCAUUGGUAUAAACGUAUUGUUUGUACACCGUCGUUUUUCAUCCCUAAGGAAACUUGUUUGCAAGAACACUUGUAGUUACUUCGCUUGUUUGUAUGGAAUCGAGAAAGUUCUAUCUCUUUUAUUAUGAUUUUUACAAACUUACCAAUUAUGGCCAACAUAUCACAGGGGCUACAUUCUAUGAGAUAAUAAAUAUCGUAGUAGGAAUAAGACGCGUGUUGGCAGUUAGCGAUAAUCUACUUAAUAAUUAGAAACAAGAACAGCUGUGUUGACAACAACAUCAUGUAAUGCUUUUUAAUGGUGGCGCGUCCUGUACAAAUCAACAAUAUGAAAGACAGCGAUUCAGCAGGGAAGAACAAAUAUAUUAUCUUUAGAGACAAAGCUACUAAUAUUAGUAUAAUCCUUAAUUUGUGUGCCAGAAGUAUUUAUUAUUAAUGGUUAUUAUUUAUGUAUAUGCUGGCACUGUUCUUCGCGAAGCCCUGUACAUCUCUCGCUUCUCUUUCAAAAACUAAAAAACCUAAUACAACAACAUUAAGAACGAUAGUAACAUUGUUAUGUAACAAAGUGCAUAUUUUAUGAUAGUUAUUUGAUUCUUCCUAACUGCGACUCUUUACUAAGAAUAAAAAUAACAUUAAGACGAAUUUUUUUAAGGAUUUCCUUCGGGCACGUUUUAUAAAAAGCUUUUCAUUCCAACAAGCAAAGGAUAACCGCAAGACAUGGACUAUUUUAAAGGAGUAAAUCUACAUCAGAUUGAAAUUUACCCCUUUGGUAGGAUCGUUCAACGAUAAUUCCUAGAGAAUAACUAUAUGCAAAUGAAAAAAACAUAAUUUUGUUUAUACUUACAUACUGUAUACAGAAAAACAGUAAUAAAACUGCAGAAUAGUUUAACAUAGGUUGGAACCCAAGGUAGAUAGGUUCGAUAAAAGAUGACAAGCAGAAUCAAAUGAUGGAGCUUUUACCGGGUGUGCCUAAUAUGCAAAGUGAGAUUUGAAGCGGAGUAUUUGUCCUUCUUUUCCAUGGACCCAGUAUAUAAUUGUGUUCGGUAAUGAUACAUCAAUAUAGGAUGAUAAAUUGGCAGGAUAUAGCAGUACAUAGCUGCUGUUGUAUCUGUCUCUUUGUAAUGUCGAAAGAAGGAACGUUUAUGGUUGACACAAAACUAUUAAAAAAAGUGCUACAGGAUUUUCCAACUUACCAUAAUCAUUGUUGGCCGUCUUAAGGUACCAUAAGGUGUAAAACACGUUUGAUCAUCACGUUUAUUCGUUCUUAGAGGUAAUGAAUCUAAACUUUAUUAUUAUAGCUAUCAAACGAGUGAACAGCAGACGCAAGUAGAUCUUAGAGGAGACACAACGAACAAACACCCCAGACACAACAAAGACUUCUUUCCACCCACCUAUUGAAGCAAAUUUGUUUAGUAAGGGUUAAGCCAUGCUAAAGGAAACAUCGUCAGAUUAAUGCGGAGACGAAACGAGAAGAUAAUUUGAUGAUGAGAGGUAUACACACGCAGCAGGAAUGAAUGAAAACUGUUUGUACAAAGAUUUCUAUAUACGUGUAGGUUAGUCGUGGCCUCCGCCAGCUCUUCUUUUUUCUGGCAGGCACAAAAGUCUGCAGGCCAAAAACAACCUUCAGCCUUUUAAUUAUAAUAGAUAUUAUUAUUGUUAUUAUCAUAAAGAUGGAUGUAUCUAUUAAAAAAGGACAAUAAUAAUGAGUCGACAAUUAUUACUCUUAAUGACAUUUUAUACGACUAUUACACACUGGUACACAAAUAAAAAGUACAGGCACGACAACAAUAUUAUGAAGUGAUUAUGAAAAAAAAAAGAAGAAUCUAUGCAGUGGUUGGCGCAUUUCAACCGGCAGUUGAAUCGAACAUCGAUUACAUGUGCGCAUUUUUUGCCGUUUUAUGUUCACUUUUAAUCUAAGAUUUGGCGUUGCGAUGUUCGACCUGCAUUUUCGUGCUAACCGCUGUUGGCUGCUUCGAUUUUCAAAAUGAUGAUAAUUAUGUAGUUUUUGGAGUUAAUUUUCUAGUCUCAUGUUUUUUUGGGUGAAUUUUUAAUAUGGAAGAGUCAGCAACCACGCAUACUAGGUCCGCACUCGCGUUUAAGUUACUCUGAUGAACUAUAACAUUGACACCAACAACGGAUUUGUGCCUACGUUUCGAGCGAGUUUUAUGACUUCUUUCGAAAAGUUUUCUUUACAGGAAAAAUGCUGUAGUUUUCUACGAUGUUUUAAUUUUAAUAAAAAAAAUACUAUAUGGAAAAUUGAA